GGAUUGCGGGAAGAAAAUUCGAAGGGUGCUACUGCUAGUCUAUCUAGCAUCCUGAUGGGAGGAAUUGGAUCGCGGGUCGCUGUCUCCGUGGCCCGUGCCGCGCAUGUUAUUUUUCCUUGUUGGUUUCUGCGUCGGGUCCUUGCGACGCGAUUCCAUUGGUCUGCAGGUGGUGGCCGACAGGCCGAGUUCGUUGGGGACGUGCUCGCUUGGCAGCGAGCGGCGUGCCGUGGCGGAUUAAUCAAUCACUUCGGCUCUGUUUGUUGGCCUCCUUCGCGUCAAGUACUUAUCCAUCGCAGCUGCCCCUACUAGCCUAGCCUCCCGUGGUGCCAAACUCCAAUUUGUGUUCGCUUUUUUCCGUCAUUCCGCGCAGCAUCUUGUGACCCGGAUAAUAUCCGUUUCUGAAUUAGCUAUGUCUACUGCCAGAUUGGUGAAUAUUCGGGUAGAAGAGGCAUCUUUUUUUUCUGCCACUGAAUGCCGGGUAUCUGGUUGAUGUCAAUUUGAUUCUUCUGUGGUUUGGGGGCCGAGGGUUUUUUAGGUGUGAUCGAAUCUGCAAGAUAGGGACUGCUGAGAACCAAUUAGUAGUGCAGUGCCCGCACAGUGAUUUUCUUCUGCGACCAGACCGUCAGUGUUUUUGUUUAAGUUAUGGACAGCCAUAAUUCUACACUGCUCCAUGUUCCUGAAGUAACCAUGGACAUCUCAUCCGCUUCUGGAGCAGCUGGGAACAAAGUUUGCAGAGGUGCUGCUUGCGACUUUUCUGAUGCCAGUAACACCUCGAAAGAUUCAAAGGAGAGGUCUGCAUCCAUGAAGAAGCUCCUAAUUGCUGUGAUCCUUUGUGUUAUAUUCAUGGCGGUUGAAGUGGUUGGAGGCAUCAAAGCAAACAGUCUUGCAAUCUUGACUGAUGCUGCCCAUCUCCUUUCGGAUGUUGCAGCCUUUGCCAUAUCUUUGUUCUCCCUAUGGGCAGCUGGUUGGGAAGCGACACCUCAGCAGUCAUAUGGAUUUUUCCGUAUAGAGAUUCUUGGGGCAUUGGUUUCCAUUCAGCUUAUAUGGCUCCUUGCUGGCAUACUUGUCUACGAAGCUAUUAUGAGGCUCAUUAAUGAAAGCGGCGAGGUACAGGGCUCCCUCAUGUUUGCUGUAUCAGCUUUUGGUUUGUUUGUUAACAUCAUAAUGGCAGUGUUGCUUGGUCAUGACCAUGGGCACGGUGGACAUGGGCACAGCCAUGGACAUUCACAUGACCACGAUCAUGGUAACUCAGAGGAUGACCAUUCCCAUCAUGGAGAUCAUGAGCAGGGCCAUGUACAUCACCAUGAGCACAGCCAUGGUACUUCUAUUACCGUUACAACUAAUCAUCACUCUCAUUCGAGCACUGGACAACAUCAGGAUGUUGAGCAACCAUUGCUUAAACAUGAUGGUGAUUGUGAGAGUGCCCAGCCUGGAGCCAAGCCUGCUAAGAAGCCUCGUCGCAAUAUCAAUGUUCACAGUGCCUAUCUGCACGUAAUUGGGGACUCCAUCCAGAGCAUUGGCGUAAUGAUUGGAGGGGCUCUCAUCUGGUACAAGCCCGAAUGGAAGAUUAUUGAUCUCAUAUGCACCCUCAUCUUCUCUGUGAUUGUACUGUUCACCACAAUCAAGAUGAUCCGGAACAUACUUGAGGUCCUUAUGGAGAGCACGCCCCGCGAGAUUGAUGCCACCAGGCUUGAGAGUGGUCUCCGUAAGAUGGAAGGUGUGAUUGCUGUCCAUGAGCUGCACAUCUGGGCUAUCACAGUGGGGAAGGUGCUCUUGGCAUGCCAUGUGACGAUCACGCAGGAUGCGGAUGCUGAUAAAAUGCUUGACAAGGUCAUUGGGUACAUCAAGGCAGAGUACAACAUCAGUCAUGUGACCAUUCAGAUUGAGCGAGAGUAAGGCACAUGUCAGGUAGUUGGGGAUAAAGGUGUGUGCCUGUUAACGGUCUAUCAUCUUAAUGACGGUUAAUGUUAGACUUGCACUUGCAAAGGCGUUGCAGGUUCAUCUAGCUGUUGCCUUUGGUGCUGGAGAAAUAUUAUAUGUAUGCGUUUUCGUUAGCCCAUUAGUUGAAUGAACUAUUAAUCGGGUGGUGCAGUUGUUUGUAUUCACAUGGAUGCAAUUUCCAGACAAUUUUUGAGCCCCUUGUGAGUUUAUCAACCUGCAUGUGUAGUUUCAGCGACACCCUUUCUUAGCACUUUAUGUAAAGAUCUGCUAUGGUUAUGGACAGUGGGUAUGGAUGUUAUCCAGUUUCUGUUCGCUUUA